UCAAUCAUUAUGAACGAAACAUCUGUUCAAAAUUGUAUAUUAUAUUUUGUUUUGUUCAUCUAGGCACAUCAGCACACUCCAAAUUGCAAAGUAUCGCUUGCUAUGCAAUGUUACAAACUAUCCGCCAGACGCAGCUUAUACAAUGCCACGGCACUCCAAUCGGAUCUCAGUAACCAGAACCUCGGCCACGCCAUCGGCAAUCUGAACCUGGAGUCGGCCCGUCAAAAUGCCAGGAUCGUGGUUAUAGGCGCCGGUCUGGCUGGUCUAUCGGCCGCUCAGCACUUGCUGUCGCAUGGUUUUCGGAGGACCGUUGUCCUGGAGGCCACCGAACGCUACGGAGGACGCAUCAACUCGCAGCGCUUUGGCGACACCUUUUGCGAACUGGGUGCCAAAUGGGUGCCCAUCGAUGGCUCUCAAGACUCUACGUAUGAAUUGCUGCGUAAUGUCGAGGGGUUGGACAAGCGGAUUAAGCAACCGGAAAGGCCCGAGUACGUCCAAAUAAACCACGACCAGAAUAAAGUUAAUCCAGCCAUGGUUGACCUGAUCGAUGCUCUAUUCCGUCAGCUGUGUGGAGGCUUGAAGGUCUCCGACAAAGUCAAGACUGGCAGUGACCUUCACUCGCUGGACAACGUGAUGGCCUAUUUUAGGACAGAGAGCAACAAGGCGAUCGGACUCUCUUUUAAGCCAGAAGAGCAAAAUACGGCCAGGGAGAUCUUCCAGUCGCUGUUCAAGGAAUUUAGCAGCGUCCUGGGCUGCUGCUUGGAGUACGUCAACAUAGAUCAUAUUACCAGCUGCCCCGUGCAACCGGAUCCAUGUCCCAUCUAUGUGCCCACCGGCCUGGACAAUAUUGUGGACGAGCUGAGCCAACGUCUGGGCAAGGAGCAGCUGCAAACGGGCAAGCCCGUUGGCCAGAUACAAUGGACGCCGUCGGCACUCGGACACCGCAAUAGCGUUGGCUGCCUUGACGGAAGUUUGUACAAUGCAGAUCACAUCAUUUGCACUUUGCCCCUGGGUGUGCUAAAGAACUUCGCUGGCAUCCUGUUUAGACCUUCGCUGCCGCAGGAAAAGAUGAUGGCCAUACGCAACCUGGGAUUCGGUAGCCCCGUCAAGAUCUAUCUCUCCUACAAUUUACCCAUACGCCUGUGGCUCAGAAGAAACCUGCGACCCCUUGGCACGCUUAUCAAUCGUGUGGCCGAUCCCCAAGCCGAACGGAGCUGGACACAACAGGUGGUGGAAAUAUCUCAGGUACCCAGUAGCCAGCAUGUGCUGGAGGUGCGCGUAGGUGGUGGAUACUACGAAGAGAUUGAGAAGCUGCCGGAUGCCAGACUCUUGGAGCAAAUUACAACGCUGCUGAGGAAAUGUAUUAGCAACCCUCUGGUGCCCUAUCCCCAGGGAAUGCUGCGCUCCAAAUGGAGCACCUCCGCCUGCUAUCUCGGAGGGCGUCCGUACUUUUCCACCUGCAGCAGUGCCCGCGAUGUCCAGCGUCUGGCUGCUCCGCUGGGUGGAAAAGCUCCCAGUCUACUCUUUGCCGGCGAUGCGACGGCUCUGCAUGGCUUCGGCACCAUCGAUGCAGCGCGAUCCAGUGGCAUACGAGAAGCGCAGCGAAUUAUCGAAUACUACAACAUCAAGCAAUACAUCUGAUGGAAUUGGCUUCCCAAGUCGGUACAAAAAAAAUCCUAGUCAAAAUUACCUAAUUUAGUUACAAUUUGUUUUUUUAAGCAGAUAAAUUUAAUUAAAAGUAGCAUAAUAUACAUUUAAA